GUGCGCACUACGGCUUCCGGUGUCAUGGCGGCCUGAGGUCCCGGGACUCGGUGAGGCGGCUGCAGGCCCCUCCCUGCGAAGCCGCUGGUCCGGCGGGCGGGGAUGUGACCGCGGGCCCGGCCGGCCUGCCUCGGGCGUCGCGUCAGCUCCCGUGUCAGUGCCCUCCGCUCGCACCGAUGGCGGGAUCCGGCUGCGCCUGGGGCGCGGAGCCGCCGCGGUUUCUGGAGGCCUUCGGGCGGCUAUGGCAGGUACAGAGCCGCCUGGGUAGCGGCUCCUCGGCCUCGGUGUAUCGGGUGCGCUGCUGCGGCAACCCUGGCUCGCCCCCCGGCGCCCUCAAGCAGUUCUUGCCGCCAGGAACUACUGGGGCUGCGGCCUCGGCCGCGGAGUAUGGUUUCCGCAAAGAGAGGGCGGCGCUGGAGCAGUUGCAGGGUCACAGGAACAUCGUGACGUUGUAUGGAGUCUUUACAAUUCAUUUCUCUCCAAAUGUGCCAUCACGAUGUCUGUUGCUUGAACUCCUGGACGUCAGUGUUUCGGAAUUGCUUUUAUAUUCCAGUCACCAGGGUUGUUCCAUGUGGAUGAUACAGCAUUGUGCCAGAGAUGUUCUGGAAGCCCUUGCUUUUCUUCAUCAUGAGGGUUACGUCCAUGCAGACCUCAAGCCACGUAACAUAUUGUGGAGUGCAGAGAAUGAAUGUUUUAAACUCAUUGACUUUGGACUUAGCUUCAAAGAAGGUAAUCAGGAUGUAAAAUAUAUUCAGACAGACGGGUAUCGGGCUCCAGAAGCAGAACUGCAGAAUUGCUUGGCCCAGGCUGGCCUGCAGAGUGAUACAGAAUGUACCUCAGCUGUUGAUCUGUGGAGUCUAGGAAUCAUUUUACUGGAAAUGUUCUCAGGAAUGAAACUGAAACAUACAGUCAGAUCUCAGGAAUGGAAGGCAAACAGUUCUGCUAUUAUUGAUCACAUAUUUGCCAGUAAAGCAGUGGUGAAUGCCGCAAUUCCAGCCUAUCACCUAAGAGACCUUAUCAAAAGCAUGCUUCAUGAUGAUCCAAGCCGAAGAAUUCCUGCUGAAAUGGCAUUGUGCAGCCCAUUCUUUAGCAUUCCUUUUGCCCCUCAUAUUGAAGAUCUGGUGAUGCUUCCUACUCCAGUGCUAAGACUGCUGAAUGUGCUGGAUGAUGAUUAUCUUGAGAAUGAGGAAGAAUAUGAAGAUGUUGUAGAAGAUGUAAAAGAGGAAUGUCAAAAAUACGGACCAGUGGUAUCUCUGCUUGUUCCAAAGGAAAAUCCUGGCAGAGGGCAAGUCUUCGUGGAGUAUGCAAACGCUGGUGAUUCCAAAGCUGCUCAGAAAUUACUGACUGGAAGGAUGUUUGAUGGGAAGUUUGUUGUGGCUACAUUCUACCCGCUGAGUGCCUAUAAGAGGGGAUAUCUGUAUCAAACCUUGCUUUAACCAGUAACCUAAGGACCGUUUCCUGUUUCUCCUCUUCCAUUUCCUGGGUUAUUGUAUUCCACAUCUGAAUGCAGGAGUCCCCCCUCCCAUUUUAAGGGGGUACUUUUUACAUUUAUUUAAUCCUCCUAAUGUGCAGCCAUUGCCCAAGCAGUGACUGCAUCGCAGACGUUUGGCACUGAGUAGGACAAGACCUCUCAGCUAUACAUUGAGGGGCGUAGAGCAUCCAUGUGGGCAGCCUUUUCUUGUGCAGUAGGGCAGGUGCUGCUCUUCACUAUAUAAUCUAAAAAGAUACUAAUUAUUUUCCGUGACCAUAAAGCAAGCGUGAAUGUGUUGUAGUGAAUAUUAUUAACAAAGUUGUUAAGGUUGGUGACAUUACUUAGAGAUUGUUUCUUUAUGUUGACAGGUGGUUCUUCCUUAUUUUGAUACCAGAGUAUCAGAGCUGGCACUGGAUGCUCUCAGUAAUGUUAAGUAAUUGUCAAGCAGCAGUUACCUACUGUGUUCUUAACACUGAGUUGUGAAUCUUUUUAAAGGAGUACUGUAUGACUGACUAUUCCUUUAAAGAAACUGCAGUGAGCCUAUCUACUACUUUUUUUUAAUUAAGGCUUUUUAAAAUAGAAAGCUGAUGCUUGAUCUUGCACAAUUUUUAUGUCUAGUAUGUAUGCUUGAGUGGGUGUGCAAAUGUGAAAGAUUAGGGAAAAUUUGAGUCAGUAUACUUUAUAGUGUGAAUCUUGUGAGCUAAGACAGUCUACACCCAUCUUUCCCCCACCUGGUUUCACAUCUGUAAGAUUUAGUGUAUGUUUUUUGAGAGUUGGUCAGUCUGGUAGAAUGUAAAUGAUGAAACAGUCCAUUCCUGAGAGGCUCAGAGCAAACUGGAGUCUAGCCUAGAGUUAACGUUGAAGCUCUCAGAGUGAUUGUAACAAAAAGAAGGUUUUGCUCCUUGUGAAUUGUCUCCCCCUUUCAGUGUACUUUAGACCUUAUAUUGGCUCAUUGUCUUUGUGCUGAAUCUCCUAAAGUUGUAAGAUUUCUCAAGAUGUGGCUCUUUUUGCUACUAUGGAAAAUUCUUUCUUCUAAAGAUAUAGUGGAAGGAAAAAGAAAAAUAGUCAAAGAGAGGGUGAGUAAUCAGGAUUCUUUUUUUCUUCCUUUCUGUCUCUUCAUUGUCUCUUCCCUCUUCUCCCUCUCCCUCCUUCUCUGCCUCUGUCGGUAGCUAAAGAAAAGCUAGAGGAAUGGCAUCCUGGGUAGUCUGGCUUUUGACUGCAAGAAGUUAAGAAACAUAUAGAUAGGACAAGGUAGAAGUAGAAAGGAAGAAAACUUCAGAAGAAUUCUUAGAAGACUUACAACAAUCUAAUAUGUCCCUGAGACGAGGAUGUCAGUCUGCAUUAGUUCUUGGACCCAGGUUAAUGACAUGGUUUUAAGAAUUAUAAUUAUGGAUUCUUCUCACUUUGUGGUAGAUUGUCUAUAAAGGUAUAAAAAUUAGGAAACUUUAUAAAGCACUGAUUAUACACAAAAAAAGACAAAUCGUAUACAGGUUAUGAACUUUUUGCCUGUUUUCCUUACCUGAAUGAAAUUUUUAUUUAUUAUUUUUCCUAAGGAAAAAUGUGUUUUAAAAUCUUUCCCUGCUUUGAGCCUCCUCAUAUAAUCUUUCCUUGUGUGUGCCAUGCAGAUUACUGAGAGUCCAAUUAGAAUUUACAUUUUAGAGAAUGAAUUCUUUCCCCCUUUCAAACAACCACCCUUUGACAUUUUAGUUAUAGUUACCAAAUUACUGAGGUCUCUUAAUAUUUAUUGUGUAAUCAAAUUUGGUAUAAGGAGGCUGAUUUAUGAAUUACCAAAGGGUCUUGGAUGGUCCUUAAUAUGUGCCCUUAGAAGGAAUAACUAUUAUGUUUUAUUUUGGACUUUUCAGAGAUUAAUUAGUUUGAUUACAAUUCAAAAUUCAAGAGAGUAGAACCAGGAUCGUAAAGACCUAAGCUCUCUUAAAACAUAAAUGUUUGUAUGGGUAGCAGCUUUUGUGGUGAUGAGAAACAUUAGGUUUUUACAUGUGUUCUGAUGAACACAGAAUACUAUUGAGUUCUUUUUGAGGGCAAGUGUUCUAGGUUAGUACCUGUAACUUUCUCUCCCCCCUUCCUGAAAAGAAAAACCCUUACAAAUAAACUGCAGGUGAGGCUUCUAAGCUUAGUCGUGCAGUGUGCUGCUAACAUCUUGAUGCUGAACUUCCCAGCACUCUUUCUCAUCAUCAUCUUAUUGUUGAUAGAGUCAUAUGUAUAUUUAGUGUUUAACACUGUAGAAUAUUUUUACAGAAGAUGCAAACUAGAUUUUAAGGGAGUUGAGGGAAUAAUUGAUGAGCCUUGAAUUAACCACGCAUUGAAUUAAAUACUUUAUGUUAAAGCCACAGGAUUGAAAAAAGAUGCCUCCCAUGUUUCAGAUUGUCGUUUUAUAACUCUUAGCCCAUUCUACCAAAGAAACGUUGGCAGGUUCUCCCUCCCUUCUAAGAUUACUUAAUGUCUUUCUUAAACCUGAACCAAAUACUAUCAGAAAAUGCAAUUUUCAUAAUUCCUUUAAGAUGAAAUAUGUACACAGGGAUUUUGAUUUCAUAAAGUUAUUGAAAAUUUUGAAAGUUUCCUUUUGAGAGUCAGGGUAAUGAGGUGAGGGUUCCUGUCAUUUAACCCCGACCUUUUGUGGCAAAUUUUAUCUCAGGUAGUUUUUCUUUUUCUAAAUUAAUUCUUGUGCUUCCUUGCCUUUCAUUUGUAAAUACCUGUACUUCCUUGCCUCUUAACUUCUUAGUUACUUUUUUAUUGUUCUGUGGUGUUGCUGUGGCCCAUUUUGCAUCCAAAAAGGCAUAUAAACUGAUUAUUCUAUAGAAAAUCUUUGAUUCUUUAGAAACAUACUUGGAGGUGGCUAGCUAGCUGCUAGCAAAACUGUAAUGCUGUUUUAGAGAAGAACAAGUAGAGUCAGACAUUUCAGUAAGAGCACUAGCUAGAAGUAAGUAUUGGCUACCUUUUAAAGGAAUUUAAAAAUAUUAUCCUCUUGCAAUAAGAGAUCUGUAUUUAUUACCACUGGAUGUCUUCCUUGGUUUUGGGCCAUCAAUAUAGCAAUUCUCUUUAGAGAAAUUCCCUUUCUACUAUGUCUUGAGCCAAAACUAUAGCUGCUUUUAGAAAAGAAACCAUAAAUAUGGUUAUUUUCAUCGUUCUCUUUGUUUUCAUUGAGAGAAAAUAUUGCCUUUUUGGUAGUCCAGCUACUAAAGAUACUGAGAUAAUGUUAAAUUAACCUUCAAAAGAAAAUCUCUGAGUUUUUAUUUAACUUGCAUUCUAGAUUCAUGUUACUUACAUUUUAACUUCUAAGCAAAUUUAUGAGAAGGAAUGCUGCCAGAAACAGUACUGCCAUGUAAGGGAAGCUGAAGAGAAACUCUGGAGAUGUGCCUUUCUCUAUCUUACUACACUGGACUUGACCCUGGUGAGGGCAUCACUUAGAUUCCUGGACUAAAUUAAAGGCAGAAGUAGAGCACUUAUCAGAGCCCUUCACGGCUCGUUUGAUUUUAUUCAUCAACUACAGGUAACUAACAUUUUGGCAUCAUUUUCAUAGGUCUUAUUUUCUGACUGUAUUAAAUUAGGCCUGUUUUACAAAUUUCUACUAUUAGUUUCACUUGGCAGCAUGAAAUUUUAUUUUUUACAAUUAAUUUAGUAAAAAUCAGCACCAUGGUAACGGGUAAUAACUUUAGUAACAUAGUUACUGCGUGAGAGGGUGGGGGAAACAGUUACCAUGUGUUUAUCAAGACUCUUAUGCAAGGGUAUAUGCUAGGUGGCUAUAUUCAGAUUAGGGUACAGGUGGAAUCAUGUGAUGACUUUUGGUCUGGUAGACAUAUAGGUAGAUUAAGCAAGUGCCUUUUGUUUCCUGGAAAAUACUAAAAUUCAUUUGGGUAAAAGCUUCACAGAUGAUGGUAAUUCAUUGCACCUCUGCCUUUCCCUUAAAAUAACUUUUGGAUUGAGUCACAGUAUAAAAGUCCAAAAUAUCCUUGGUUUACCUUUUUUGUGUGUGCGUAAAACUAUUUGAUUUUAUUCUGAUAUUACAUGUGAUGGAAAAGCCGGAGUUAUCUGGCAGAAUUUAAUUCUUCCUUGUAUCUAGUUCCAUUUUUAAUAUCAGGCUCUUUCCUCAAAUCUUAUUACUGUAGCUCUCUCUGAUAUUAUUUAUUUAUUUAUUGUCAAUUAUGGUCACAUGCAGACCAGUCCUUGGUCACAAUUAACUCAAAGGAAUUCCCAUUUCUUCUUAAGGUGCUCAGUAAAUCACCUUUAUUUUGAGAUGGUAAUCUUUCAAGUUAGUAUCAAUUACUAGCUUUCUCAAUGAAUAUAAAAAUGUCAUCUCCAUCAUAUGGAGCUCAUCUGAGCCUCUUGUAGUAUAUUUGGUAAAUUCCAUUCUUAAUCAUAGGCAAACAUGGAUAUGUUAGUUUUUAGAAUACUCAGAAUUUUAAAGAUUUUGUUUUGCUUUGUUUUGUUUUAGUUAGCUGUUUAUCUACCUGAUACUGCAGGAUACAUCCUGUUUCUUAUAUUAGCCACUUGCCCCAGAUGGUUUUCACUAUUUUUUAAAUUACAUGAUGAUCAGGAGAUUCAUAUAGUGGCAUGCAGUUGACAAGUAAGUACUAUGGAUAUUUAAGAAGAAAGUAAAUAUAAUUUUAACUAUUUUUUGCUGUAAUUUUAUAGGAGAAAUUGGCUGUAAAAGAAAUGUCUAUAACCAGAGAGCAUUUAGGAAAUUUUAUAUUUUAUAGGUGGUCACUAAGGUGAUCUUAAGGGUAUAAGAUACAUAGUUUACACAAAGUUUAUUCUGAUAGGAAGUUUUUAUUCAUUUUCCUACAGCUCAGCACUUUCGUUGUUCCUUAUACUACUUCUGAGGAUUAAUGUUUUAAAUUUGCUUUAUUUGUGCUUUUCAGAGAGUUGUCAUAAUCAAGACAGUUGUGGUUGUGGUACAAAAGCUGGAAUUCAUGGGAAACUAAUCAAAUGAUUGCCCAGGUGUUAUUUCCCAUUACAUUGAGUAGCUAUCACAGUACCCUGAAAACAAGUGAUAGCUCUUCUAAAAGCCAUCUUUGUUUUGUGACCUAGGCUCAUAGUGUCUUAAUUUAAAGGCAAAGAAAAACAUUUUUACUUGCCUCAUAAUACAUAUAAUCGCUAAUUCUUGUGAAGAAGAAGAAGAGAGCUUGUUUUGUUUUACUACUUUGUAUAAUGAGAAUAAGUCACAUUCUGGGGGAAAAAAAUAAAAACAACUAGAGUUGUUCAUUUUACUUUUGGGGGGUUUGGUGGGGAUUAAUACCUACUUUUUCUGGAGGGGAACCCUGCUUGCUGCCAUAAGCUCUUGAUUGUCAGCAAGAGAAUUAUUUAUAAUCACUUUUUGAUUCCAAGUUGGAAUUGCCUUCCCCUUCUAAGUUAUCACCUCUUAAUAAUAUACAUGAUAUCAGGACAAUUAAAUGUAUAAAAGCAAAUGUGGUGAAGUAUUCUAUAAUCAUGCAUAUAGAGACACAACAUCUCUUCAAUUAAUUGAAUUAUGUAGCUGUAUUAUCGCACUAGCAUGGGUAGUCAGAGACUGCCAAAUUAAAGAAUAAGGAGGAGAAAGAUAGGUAAUAAAACAAGGGGAGAGGGGUAGAAAAUGUCUCCCUUACUGGUAUUAGUAAUCUUCCAUUCAGUUAGUGAUCUAAAAAUGGUAUUUAUUUUUAAUAAUCUAGAUUUGGUACUUGUGGCACAGAAAUAUUGCCUUUCCCACACAUUCCUUAUUAUUGUUUCCCCAGAAAAUUAUUUUAAGAGUUUGUGAAACUGGAUUACAUAUCCAUAGUCAUUUUGGCCUAAUUCUUACAAAUAAAUAUUUGUACUCCAGCUUUUUUGUAUUCUGUGUAAGUUACCACUCAUGCAGGUCAAGGAUCAGAAAGAAACUGGGAUUAGCCAUCUCUGUAUUGCCCUUUGCACAUUGGGUACAGUGAGUGGCAUUAGUAAGCACUGGCUGCAAAAUUACAGCACCUUAUGGAGCUAAGUAGUGUUUAUUUAUUAAAAGAAAAAAGUCUGUACGUCUUUAGAAAAUUUACUUUGCAAAGUGUAAACUGUCCUAUCUUUUCCAGCAGGAUUUCUUCUUUCAUAGUUAAUUUUCUUUUGAAAAAUCUUAAAUAAUUUAACAUUCCUUUAUAUCCUCUUAACAGUGUCAAAUCUGGGGUGGAAGGGACUUAAUUUUUCCCAAAAAGGGCUCCAUCUUUGCUAUCAUUGGAUCACUCCCAGAAAUCCACUAAUGGUCAACAAAUGUUAACUAUGGUGUCUUGUGUCAGCACUGGAGUGGUUGCUUGUGAAUAUAAAAACCUAGUACUGUGUUCCCUCAGUAACAUGUAAUUACUGUGUUUUUGAAAAGAAGGUAUAGUUAGAAAAAAUGUGAACUAUCACUUAAACCAAAGCCAGUUAUAAGGAGUCUUCUCUCCUGGUGGUUUACCUUCACCUCAGAACCACAAGAAUAUUACAGUACAUAGUGGAUAGCUGUCUGUAACCUUUUUCCAGUUCCAAUUGCAUAUUGGUCUUGGCAUUUCUUGGCACUAUGGUUCUCUGUUCUUUGUGAUGCCUUAUUGUUUGUGAGGUUUCUUUUUUUAAUUAAAUAACUGAGUGGACUAUAAAUGUAGAUGUAUGUCAGAACCAGGAAGUUGUUUUCUCAAAUCCCUAAAUUUCUUUUAACCUUGUUUUUUCUUGUUGGGUAGCAAAAGACUUUAUUUUCCACUUUCCUAUAUAACUAAAAAGUAUGAACACUGCAUUUUAAUUGACUGUAUUGCGUACUUUUUUGCUGAAAACUUUUUCUGUAAACACAAUUGCCUUGUUCAGUUUUGGUGUAAACUGACGUUACCAUAAGAUGCACUGUUGAUAUGCUUUCUGAUGUGUGUUUGAUAAGAGUGAUAAAAUAAAGCUUAAAAAUAAAGAA